GGCUCCAAGUUUUCUAGGUUCUCAAAGGAAGAAACAGCCUCAAGUACAUCUACAAUAAAUUCAAGGACCAAGUCGUUGUGUCGGGAAUGUCGUACGCCAGGGAGCGCCCUUACCCCCCUAGUUACCUGCACUUCAUGUGAUAGAAGAUAUCAUCACAGCUGUGGUAACCCAAAGCCCCCAAAAGGUCCUAGCGCAAACGACUUUGUCUGUGGGAAGUGCUUGAAGAAAAAAAGGCUCGACCGAGCUAGUGAAGAACUAUCCCGACCUACUCCCGUCAACCCAGAUAUCUUGACCUCUGAUCCAACCAUCCAGGCCACUUACAUGUCCAAAGCCCUGACAGCUGAGCCUGCCUCACAUCUUCACAUGAACGAUGAAGAUCAUGACGCUGCUAAGAUACAGUCUUCACAGGGCGAUUUGUACAAGUUAAUCACAUGCCAUUAUUGGAAGCAGGGCAGGUGUAAUCUCUACGAGAACCAUUGCCUUUUCGCCCAUGUCGAAACUGGCCAGGAAAGCCCUUCUGGUAGAAAUCCUGCCAAGGCGUUUACCUGCCCAACAUGGAAGGCGCACCAUUGCGGUAAGUCUUCCGAUGAGUGCUUAUACUCGCAUGAGGAUACUGGACUCUACGUUGGCUUCAACAAUGACGUCUUGCGCAAACAUAUCACUUGUUACUAUUGGAAGGUAUCUGGGUCUUGUCGACAUUAUGAGCAGGACUGUUCCUACGCUCAUCGAGAUACUGGUAUACUGGCCUGGCAACCUGCGAAGGAUGCACAAUCAGCACCUGGCAAGAAUUCACUCAAGAAUUACAUGUGCCCCAGAUGGGAGUCUAAUCAGACAUGCAUGUGGUAUCCGAUCAAUUGCCCCUAUAACCAUAGUCCCACUGCCUUGUCAUGCCACCGCUCUGCCACUGAGAGUCGAAGAAACGUUCGUCAAGUCGAGCACUCUCCCGAUUGGGAAUCAGAACCAGUUCUUGGCCCUUCACCUUCAACCUAUGUUUCGCAAGUUAUGCCCCCCUUUUCAAUGGAUGGUGUGAAAGAGCGCAAAAAUAAGCACAGAGACGCGCAAAAAGAUGAAACCUGCACCGCCGUGGCGGGCGUUCAGCUACACACACCUGCCAUAGCUCCAGGUGCAUCAAGAAUUACACCAACACGGGAUGACCCUCCAGCUAUACGACAUCAUCCUUUUACCGGCCGCCACAUGGCGAAACGUGGUGGCCGGACGGUCCGCAACCUGCCAUCGAAACAGAGCAGUGGCACCGCAUUGAACAAUUCGCUCAGAUCACCAUCACAAGACCAACAUAACCAACAUAACAGCAGCAUACGCGAUUCUGCCAGCACCUGGCCGGGAACUCCGGAUUUCUCUGGUACAGCAGGUGACACAAGUGCCAAAAGCCUAGCUGGAAACAGGGUGAAGAAAUGCGAAAAGUGUGAGAGAAGGAUUCUCGGUUCAGCCAAUCGAUGUUUUUCAUGUGCCACAACUGAUGCUACCCAUAAUGAGGAUGACUCUAGGGCACUUGGAGGUAGAUCCAACGCGGUUGAUCUUGAGCUCUCUGACUUGGCAAUUCCAAAAGUUUUCCCUGCUCAAAAGAUGUCACAGAAUGAGUAUGGCUUCGAUGAAUCAUCUCGACGGCUUGUUGCUCGUGUUCUCAAACGCGCUGCUCAAGAUGACGAUCUGUUUGUUUCACGCAAAAGGCUCAAGAUUUCCACCCUACCCAUGAACUCACAAACAGCGUUAUCGACGCGGACGUCAGCAUCUAGACCACAAUCCCCGGCCAAAGUCGGAAUAGCCCAAUCCAGUGCUACUGAGAUUCCCAAAACGCCAUCAUCAGGUCGGCUUCCUCCUACAUCGCUAUCAAAAUCCACUAGCGCAAUGGAAAAAGGAAAUGCACAAUCACUUGAAAAGACGCAAGCGCCAGGGGAACUUCACGCUGAGUUUUUUGAAUCAGACAAUCAACCGCAUGAUGCUCGAACUAGUCGCGCAUUGGUCAGUGACGACAAUCACUGGCAAGAUGAGAGCGUAAAGUCUGCUGCGAAACAUCGCGUCAACUCAUCCGCAAAAUCUGCCGAGGCAAAUCGGUGUUACUGGCUCAAAAUCAAACAGGCUGCAAGCCUUCAUCAUCAAGCUAGUAACAGCUUGAGUGUAUCGAAAUACAGAGAAAAAGCAUUAAAGGUGGCCGUUGCCCUUGGUGUGACGGAAACCAGCGACGAGUCAAUGGUAGAUGCCAUCGAGUAUGUGGCUGCUGAAACGGGUCCGAUAGGUCGAUUUGCUUCCAAGGUGAAUUUGACACCGAGAUUGAACUCCGAACAUCCAAGACUUCGCUCUCGGGCUCGAGCAGCAGCGAUAGAAGAUCCUCUGAGGGAUUCAGGGGGAGAUUCUAAUGAUGACUUGCCCCUCGCUAUCAUAAGACGACGAAAUCGGCCGAAAGACCACCGGAGCUCUUUAGAACACGCCGCCAUGCCGGUAACCCUUACUCUGGGGAAUUCAAACGAGCAAGGUAACCGCCUGGAUCCCUUUGCCAAGAGACCUACUGGCACUCGACACCCUCGGCCUCAGCAUGGCAAGGCACGACCUGGUUGGACCGAUGACGAAGAGCAACGAGCUCUUGAACGGCUCCGAGAACGGGGUGUGAAGAUUGAAACUGAUUCAGAUUCAGACGAGUUGCUUAGCGACGACGAUGCUCCUCGUCAAGCACCAGCACUCGUUACGGAUCGGCUGCACCGCGUUCUAGAGUCGCAAAAUCCGUUUGAUGUGGAUUCGUCUUUAGAUUUACGCAAUCCAGAGAAUCGAUACCAGGCACUGGGUAAAAUUCCACCGUGGAACCGAAAUCGCCCGACAAAGAAACAAUUAAUGGGCAAUCUCCUUCUCUAUCAAUGUCGAGACAACAAGCUGAAGUUCGGAAACCCGCACUACAAUGUCAUGCGGAAGAGUAGAGAAGUCCUGGUCAAUGCGAUCAUUGAGAAGGACGACGUCUUGAACAGCCCGGAUGAAUGUUCAGGUCGUGAGCCCGAGAUUCAGCAAGUUCCUAUGACUUUUCGAGAAUUUAUUGGAAUGCCCAAGCAGGCGACCAUUACACGGGGGAAAAGUAAAGACGAGCUGACGUUUGUAGAGAGACUGAACCACACGGACCGGUCCCUUUUGGGCGCCUCCACCAGGACAAGACGAUACAGAGACGAUGAAGUUUUUCCUUUCAUAAAAGGCUAA